CCUUGUUUCCUAUUGCAGGUCCCAGCAUCUGGGGUUUUCCCUCAGUCCUUGAGUGGUCAUGUCCAAUCCCACUGCCCCACCUCCCUAUGAGGAUCGCAACCCUCUGUAUCCUGGCCCUCCACCUCCUGGGGGCUACGGGCAGCCAUCUGUCCUGCCAGGUGGAUACCCUGCCUACCCUGCUUACCCCCAACCUGGUUACGGUCACCCUGCAGGCUACCCACAGCCUAUGCCUCCCAUCCAUCCAAUGCCCAUGAGCUACGGCCAUGACUAUGGUGGGGAGGAGAGAGCCAUAAGUGACAACUUUGGUCCUGGAGAAUGGGAUGACCGCAAAGUCCGACAUACCUUCAUCCGAAAGGUCUAUUCCAUCAUUUCCGUCCAGCUGCUCAUCACUGUGGCCAUCAUUGCUAUCUUCACCUUUGUGGAACCAGUCAGUGAGUUCGUGAGGAAGAAUGUGGCUGUGUACUACGUGUCCUAUGCUGUCUUCAUCAUCACCUACCUGACCCUUGCCUGCUGCCAGGGACCCAGACGUCGGUUCCCAUGGAAUAUCAUCCUGUUGGCUCUCUUUACUCUGGCUUUGGGCUUUAUGACAGGCACCAUUUCCAGUAUGUACCAAACCAAAGCUGUUAUCAUAGCGAUGAUCAUCACUGCUGUCGUUUCCAUUUCAGUCACCAUCUUCUGCUUUCAGACUAAGGUGGACUUCACCUCGUGUACAGGCCUCUUCUGUGUCCUGGGGAUUGUGCUGAUGGUGACUGGGAUUGUUACUGGCAUUGUGCUGUUAUUCAAUUACAUUUACUGGCUCCACAUGGUCUAUGCUGCUGUGGGGGCCAUCUGUUUCACCCUGUUCCUGGCUUACGAUACACAGCUGGUUCUGGGGAACCGGAAGCACACUAUCAGCCCGGAGGACUACAUCACAGGCGCCCUCCAGAUCUACACUGACAUAGUCUACAUCUUCACCUUUGUGCUGCAGUUGAUCGGGAGUCGAGACUGAGCCUUAUCCCCUUCACUGGCCUGGGACUCAUCCUUUUCUACUAGGCUGGGCCCUAAGUCCCUUCCCCCUCAAGUAAACUGCCCAGUGUCCUCUCUGUCCUGGGGAUGGGAGGGCCUCUGGCUGUAUUAUGUGAGAACCAAGGGUGCUGACGUUAUUGACAACUCUUGCCCUUGGUGGGCUUGGUAAGGACUAGACUAGGGUUGUAUCGCCUCCCCUUUACCCACAGUGAACAUGCACGGAAAUUUUAGUGUGUGUUGGGAGGGGGGUGGAGUGGGGAGCCUGUGAACACAGGAGCUUCAAGGUGAAGAGGCUCCCGCCCGGCCUCGGCCAUAGGCUUCUAGGAUAGGGAGCUGGAGCUGUUUCCCUCCUGGAUCCAAUAAAGCCAGAUGUCCCCAGCUCCAGUACUAAUAGGCCACUUACCCUGUUAGAACUCUUUAGGCUUAGUGUCUCUUAGCUCUGGAAGCUAGGAGAUCUUUGCCCUGCAGUCUCCCUGUUCCAACCCCAUCCUCCAGUAACAUGUACAGAUUAUUUAUCUGGGUUAGGGGGAAGACAGUGAGCAAAGUUCAUUCAGCAUGGUGGGCUAAGAAUGGCAUCCACCUGGCUGGCACCCAUCCUGCCUACCAUAUAGGCCGAAAGUGCUCAGCGCCUUCUGAGGCUUCUAAAGAGGGCCCUCCUACUUUCUCUGCUUAGACACUCAGAAGAUGAGAGGUGGAGGUCAGCAAAUAAGGUGGAUUGUAGGAUCCUGAGUGUGGCUGGGAAGUGGUCUAGGGAAGAGAUGGGUGAGGACAGGGAAAGGCUUUGGGUUCCCUCUCUGGUCUAAGAAACACUGAAGCCCACUCUGGUACCUAGUGACCUUCUCUUCUAACACAAGUUCAGUCUGUUCUGAACUCCUGCUGGGAGGUUUUAGACUAGAACCCCUCUCCAAGCCAGCUCCUGCUUUCUGUAUAAUGCAAGCCCCUCCAGCUGGUACUAGGGUGGAGCCAGAAGCCAGUCUAUCAGGUGGGGUGGGAAAGCUUAUUAUCCCAAGGACACAAUUAGAGCUAUUCUGUCCAGUACUUGAUUCUGAAUAGAUCACAAAGGGACACAACUAGAAAUGGAAUAAAAUUUUGUUGGCAUUGAGACCCUGA